UGUAACAAAGGGAGCCAUGAAUUGCCUGCAAGGUGUACCUUUCAGAGUGACCGUAAGCGUUGCAGACGACUCCACGGAAGAGGCAAACUUUGUAUCAGCGCCUGAGUUUGAGGUGCCCGAUUGCAUGGAAGUCCUGAUGUGUGCAAUGCACGAUUUCUCGCUAGAGAAGAAGGUGCUGUAUUGGGUAGACUCCGCCUCUCGGCAAGACACCCCCUGGUACGAAGUCACCACUGACGUGGUCCCAACGGCUCCGCCAUGCUGGCUGCUGCUGCUGGACUCAAAAGAAAACUUCCCAGAGGCAGCAGGCCACAAACUGACUUCUGCGGUACCCAUUCGACGGUGUGCCAACCUGUGUGCUGCGGCAGAGAAGUUCAGCUGCACUGUGAACAAGAGCAGGCUGGCUAAGAAGGUGAGCAAGGAUGGGUGCUUGGAAGAGCAAGGGUGCUCCGGAGGUGAGGAGUCUCCCUCGGCUUCCUCUGUCGAAAGUGAUGGUGAAGAAAAACCCUUCUCUGACUCCAAGCGUGUUCCUGGCACUUUGCCUCGUUUCCUGAGUCUUCCCCAAUGUAGACCAAAGACCUCCCCGGUGCUGUUGGCCACCCCUUCGGAGAGCAUCAGCCAAAAGCCUCUUCUAGUCAAGCAGAGGCAAUCUAUGCUUUUAUUUAACAAUGUAAAGCAUGAGUUUGAAGGAGCCAGGAAGAAGCUCACAGCUUUCAUGCUCCCGAGGAACCAGGCGGCAGUGGAACCCACCAUGGCGUCCAGAGCUUUCUCCCUCCAUCAGCGCUCCCGGAGCAGCCGAAACCUGAAAUAUGGACCUACCUCUGAUGUGUCUCUGGUGGGAACUCUUGCCCCGAUGCCACCGACGACUCCUUGCUGUAGCGCAAGGCCACUGACUGUAGCGGGGCUUGUCCCUCCUAUCCAAAAGCACAAGCCCACAGUUCCAUCCCUGAGCCCUUAUUCCUGCCUUCCACCCCCUCCUGGAGUGCAGGAGCUUUGUGGUUCCCACAGAACUCAUCCUGACUCAACAGCUGACCUGCUCUCGGCGCUCAGCCAAGAGGAGCGUGACCUCAUUGAGCCCGUUUUAGCUUUGGGUUAUCCGAUCCGCCGGGCGAUCCUUGCUCUGCAGAAGACUGGGAGACAAAGCUUGGGUCAGUUCCUCAGUUACCUCAGUGCCUGCGACAAACUUCUAAAGCAGGGUUACGAGGAGGCUCAGGUCGAAGAAGCCAUGGAGAUGUUCCAGAACUCAGAAAAGGCAGCAGAAUUCCUUCACCUCCUGGUCCAGUUCAAUGACAUGGGCUUCCAGCAAGCAGACAUCAAAGAAGUCCUCUUGCUGUGCGAGAACCACAGAGACAAGGCGCUUGAGGAGCUCAUGACAAGGACCCAGUGAGCAGCAAGCGGGCCUUUUUCCAUACUGAGAAAGAGCAGAACACGCCACAGCCCCACGGCGUGUGAUUCAGAGCAAGCUUUGAAUGUCAGAACCCAGCUGGAACAGCCAAAAUCCCAUUGGAUCAAGCCACCUGCCUCUGGGAAGUGCGCAAACAGGCUCACCCAUUGCUUUUUACUGGCAGCUGGUACUGUGAGGUAUACUGCCUCUGGAUGGUGAGGCUCUAUAUGCCGUCAUCUUUAAUAGCCACCUCAGAAUUCUUCUAACCCUCUCUUUUCAAAAGGCAUUUAAGUUAGUGACCACCCCGCUCCAUGUUGUGGUAGCAAAUGCUAAUCAAGAGGCAGGGUGUCUAAAAGUCACUGCAAGGGAAUCGCUUCUAGUUGCAUCACAGGCUCUGCUUGGGCUUGUGAAGGACCAACAUUUUAACACAAACUUAUUCUGCAUAACCUGCACCUGUCUGCAAACAGAUCCACAGCGCGACUUAAGAUGUUUCUGUAGCCUAAGGGUGCCUCCAGGUUGCCAACAUUUUGCAGUGCACUUGGGGGGGGGUUAGAUUUGUGCAAUGAAAAUGGAUUUGCAUGUGUUAACCUGGAACAACAAACCCACUUAAAAAGAGAGAAAAGAAACUGCAGUUAGGAAAAUGGGGCUGGGGGAGAGAGAGAUGCAUUGAAAAGUGCAAGGUGGGUGAAUGAUAAAUGGGAAGGUGCAUAAAUACCCUGCAAGCAAUUCAGCAUGGAUUCAGGAUGAAUGUCCAUUGCCACAAAACCACCCUGGAAACAAGUAAGAACAAAUGCUUAAUAAAGGCUGGAUGUAGCCUGUGUAAGCUUUGUGCCGGAAAUCAGGGUGAAUGUUCAAUAAACAGGUCAUUUGGGCAUACCCAUGCUCCCAUUUCCUGGCCAAUGCCCUGAUUUAUUUCAAAGAUGCACGGGGUUUUUAAAGGACUCCAUCAAAGACUGUGCAGACCUAAGAGCUCUCCAAAAAGUGGGCUGAGUGAAGCCGAGAGCUUCCCACUGUACAAUCCUCCAACACACACACACAUCCCAAAGCACAAUACCUGCAUUUCCAGGGUGGGGAAUGCAACUUCAUAAUUUACUGCGGGGCCCAGAGUCUUCAGCUUAUUAUGGCUGAACGUCAACUCCUUAUUUGAAAUAAGAAACCGAGACUGUUUCCAAUCAAGUAAUUCUUUAUUUUUUCCUGCCACCGUGAAUGCCCAAUUGUCUUUCCUUGAGAUACAGCGAAGUGAUACCUGUUUGUCUUUCAGCCAAAUAAUAAAAAAAGUAUUUGUGUCUCUUAUUAAAGGAGAAAGGGGAAACAAAUAUGAUAUUCAGCUGAAUGUAACAGAAGAAAACAAACAUCCUUUGAGGUUCAUAGGUACAGCAUAUUUCUCUCAAAUAAAAUGGCACGUACCCAAUA